AUGGACUCUAAAAGCAAUUGCACAUUACAUUUUGAAUGGAAAACUAGUCUGGUAUGCAGCAGAAAAUUAGUUGAAUUCGAUAAGGAUAAGUGUGCUGCAACUGUUAAAAUAUCUAGUCAAAAUGUUAUAAACAAUAUAACUAAAAAUUUGAAUAAUAUUUUGAGUGUCAAUAAUUUAGUUGAUGAUUCAACAAAAACAAAUUACCAAAUUGACUUCUGCAAUGGAUCUGUCAGUUUAAAUGGAUCGAAAUUUUUUGGAAAUAUGAAUCUUGGAUAUGAUAUAAUUAAGAAACAAUUAAUUGCUAAUUUUCAAAAUACAAAUGAUAAUUAUUUCACAAAUGUAGAAAUUAUUGUUGCAUGUACCAAAUCAACAGAAAAAUUAUCAACAUUUCAAGUUAUUUCAACAAAUAACGGAGUAAGAAUCUCUACAUAUUCUAAAUGUGUGUGUUGUAUGGAUUUUAAUGAUCACACAUAUGAAGAAAUGUGUAAGACGUAUCAAUCAAUUUCUAUAUCAACCACAAAAACUGUGGAAAAUCAGCCAUCUAAGGGUUCCGAGAAUAACAAAUCAAUUGAAACUAAUAUUGAACUUACUAAAAUAGAAGAAACGUACUUAUCGGUUACAGAGCAAAUUGAAGAAUCUGUGACACUUAUUGAAAACUAUAAUACAACUCUACAACAGUUCUAUGGUAAAGAUGUGACUUCUGAUAAUUUUACUGAUUUAUCAAUAAUUAAGAAAAAAGAAGUUUCUGGUACUUCAUUUUAUACAGUUAUAGUACUAAUGGUCUUAGUAUUAUUACCAUUAAUAUGGAUUUACCGAUGGAAGUUACUGAAGGAAAUAAGGACAGUUUCUUACACUCUGCCAUUUGCCAGGCGGAGACGUGGAAGUUAUAAUCGUAAUUUAAUGUAA